AUGGGAGCUCGUUGCUCAAAGCUCUCUUUCUGCUUGUUCCAUUCUCACUUCAAAUCCGCUUCAGUCCUCGAAUCUCCCGAUCUCGAAAACGGAGGGAAAGUGUGGCCGAAUUUCAAGGAGUUCCGAUUGGAGCAGCUGAAAUCAGCAACCGGAGGCUUCUCCUCAGAUAACAUAGUAUCGGAGCACGGCGAGAAAGCGCCCAACAUUGUUUACAGAGGAAGGCUCGACGACGGCCGCUUGAUCGCCGUCAAACGCUUUAACCGCCUCGCCUGGGCCGACCACCGACAGUUCCUGGAUGAAGCGAAAUCUGUUGGGAGCUUGAGGAGUGAUCGAUUGGCGAAUCUGAUUGGAUGCUGCUGCGAAGGCGAGGAGCGAUUGCUCGUCGCUGAGUUUAUGCCUCACGAGACUCUUGCAAAGCAUCUCUUCCACUGGGAGAACAAUCCGAUGAAAUGGGCGAUGAGGUUAAGAGUUGCUCUGUGUUUAGCGCAAGCGUUGGAAUAUUGUAGUAACAAAGGGAGAGCCUUGUAUCAUGAUCUCAACGCUUACAGAGUUUUGUUUGACAAGAAUGGGAAUCCAAGGCUGUCUUGCUUUGGACUUAUGAAGAAUAGUAGAGAUGGGAAGAGUUAUAGUACAAACUUGGCAUUUACUCCUCCUGAGUACUUGCGAACUGGUAGAGUGACACCAGAGAGUGUAGUAUUCAGUUUUGGAACCGUUUUGCUUGACCUCAUGAGUGGAAAACAUAUCCCACCAAGCCAUGCGCUUGACCUGAUCAAGGGAAAGAAUUGUGCAAUGUUAAUGGAUUCUGCUCUAGAGGGUCAUUUCUCAAACGAAGAUGGAACGGAGCUAGUACGGUUAGCUACACGUUGUCUUCAGUACGAAGCUCGAGAGAGGCCAAACGUGAGAUCUCUCGUCACUUCACUCGCCACGCUCCAGAAGGAAUCUGAUGUACCUUCGUAUGAUCUUAUGGGGAUACCACACGAAACAGAGGCUGAGGAAGAAGAGCAGACGCUUUCGUUGACGCCGUUUGGUGACGCAUGCUUGAGACUGGAUCUUACGGCCAUUCAUGAAAUACUUAAUAAGAUUGGUUACAAGGAUGAUGAAGGCAUCGCCAACGAGCUCUCGUUUCAAAUGUGGACUAACCAGAUGCAAGAGUCUCUCAACUCGAAGAAGCAAGGCGACUUAGCUUUCCGUUCCAAGGAUUUUACAACCGCAGUCGAUUGCUACACUCAGUUCAUAGAGGGAGGAACAAUGGUGUCACCAACAGUUCACGCGAGACGGUGCCUGUCGUAUCUGAUGAACGAGAACGCACAAGAGGCUCUAACCGAUGCAUUGCAAGCGCAGGUUGUGUCUCCAGAGUGGGCAACGGCUUUGUAUCUGCAAGCGGCUUGCUUGUUCAAGCUCGGUAUGGAAGCCGAUGCUCAGCAAGCUCUCAAGGACGGGACUACUUUGGAAGCCAAGAAGACUAAUAGACGCUGA